AUGGAUCUAUUCAGUUUCAAAGCUCAAUCUGCCACCGAGAAGCCCUCAAGGCAGUCUUCACCGCGAAGACGCAGAAUCAUCGUCGCCCUGACCGGCGCAACGGGAUCAAUCCUGGGAAUCAAAACAUUGGUCGCCCUCCGUCGAUUGAACAUCGAAACACAUCUCGUGAUCAGCAAAUGGGCCGAAGCAACCAUCAAAUACGAGACAGACUAUACAAUCCCCAACAUCCGCGCGCUGGCAGACCAUGUCUACAGCAGCAAUGACAUGUCUGCGUCGAUAGCCAGCGGAUCCUUCCGGGUGGAUGGGAUGGUAGUUAUACCCUGUAGUGUAAAAACGCUUGCGUCGAUCAAUUCUGGCAUUUGCGAUGAUCUGAUUUCUCGUGCUGCGGACGUUAUUUUGAAGGAGCGGCGCAAGCUGGUCUUGGCUGUCAGGGAAACGCCGCUGAGUGUGAUUCAUUUGCAGAAUAUGCUCUCUGUGUCGCAAGCCGGGGCAAUUAUCUUCCCGCCUGUACCUGCAUUCUAUGUUAAGCCUUCAUCUGUGGAUGAUUUGGUAGAUCAUAGUGUUGGGCGGAUGUUGGAUUUGUUUGAUCUGGAUACUGGGGAUUUUGAUCGGUGGGAAGGUUGGAAGAAGCCGGAGCGUUAG